AUGUCCACAAACGGUGCAAGCACCAGCAAGGCCCGCGAGGAGCCUGUAGUCGAUCGGAAUGAUCGUCAACAAUACCUGAUCAAUGUUCAACCCGCCCGCCCCAAUGAACUGCAGCCUAAGUACGCGCAACGCAUUCAACACGAUGAUGACAACCCUGAUGCGCACGGCUGGUAUGCCGGUUUAAUUCACGGUCUGGGUGAAUGCAUCGGUUUCUUUGGAGCUAUCCCCUGCUGCUUCUGUUGUCCCAACCCCUUCAAGCCUGUCGAACAGGGUGCAGUCGGUCUGAUUUCACGAUUUGGACGUUUCGAGCGAUCGGUCGAUCCCGGUCUGGUCAAAAUCAACCCGCUCAGCGAGCACAUCAUUACGGUCGAUGUCAAGAUUCAGAUUGUCGAGGUACCUCGCCAGGUGUGCAUGACCAAGGACAAUGUCACUCUCAACCUCACGUCAGUCAUCUACUACGAAGUGGUCUCUCCCCACAAGGCUGCUUUCGGUAUCUCCAACGUACGCCAAGCCCUUAUCGAGCGCACCCAAACCACACUCCGCCAUGUGAUCGGAGCCCGCGUCCUCCAGGACGUCAUCGAGCGCCGUGAGGAGAUCGCCCAGUCAACAUCUGAGAUCAUCGAGGAGGUAGCCUCCGGCUGGGGUGUCAAGGUGGAGUCGAUGCUCAUCAAAGACAUCAUUUUCAGCAAUGACCUGCAAGACUCGCUCUCCAUGGCUGCGCAGUCCAAGCGUAUCGGUGAGAGCAAGGUUAUUGCGGCGCGCGCGGAGGUCGAGUCUGCCAAAUUGAUGCGCCAGGCUGCGGAUAUCCUGUCCUCGGCUCCGGCUAUGCAGAUCCGGUACCUGGAGGCGAUGCAGGCCAUGGCCAAGUCUGCUAACAGCAAGGUUAUCUUCUUGCCUGCCAUGAACCAGACCGUGCAAUCGCAGCUCAAUGUUGCUGACAAUGCCGGUGAAGGGCCUAGCAACUACGGCGCCACGUCUCAGGUGGAUGAUGGAUUCCAGCGUGCGAUGAACGCCCGCGUUGUCGAGGACAUCUAG